AUGGAGCUUCAAUGGCUGAACCACAGUCAAAAUGCCACUGAAGAAGAACAGAAAAAGUAUGAUGUUUCUCAGAAUCUCAUUAACUGGGCUCUCUGCAGCAAGACCAGUGUCCCCUUCCUCUUCAGCAAAGAGCUGGUAAGAGGAACGCCACCUUCUCCAUCACCAGUCGGGUCAAUUGUGUUUCAGAUGCAGCUGCUGCUGGAGACAAAAUGUAACACAGACCCUGGCUCCCUUUGGAGAAUCAGAUUCACGUGGGAGCCUAACUUCUGGACUAAGCAGCUGGCUUCCCUUGGCUGUAUAACUACAGAUGGCAGACAGCUGUCAUAGGCAGAUUCUCUUGCUUAUGGAGGCUUCCAGGGUCCAUCAUCUUUCUGUCAAAGCCAUCAGUCCCCAGUUGCUCCGCAAGAGACUCCCAGCCACCCCUCCUACAAGUUCCAGUCUCCAGCUGUGUGCUCCUCAUCGGUCUGCUGCUCUCACUGCCCCCCAGUGUCGCCUUCCCUCAAAGGCCAGGUCCCCCCACCCAGACUGCACCCAGCCCACAGCUUUAGGCCGCCCUCUGAGAUGCCCCAGCAGCUGGGGUCCCUGCAGUGCUCCGCCCUGCUGCCCAAAAACAAAGACCUGCCCUGCCACCCGCAUUCUCCCAAGCUGCUGCAGCCCUGGCUGGACAUGGAGCCUCCCGAUGAGCCGGAGAGCAGGUCCCAGCAGCUGGGGCAGCCGCCGGCCCUCCAGCCCGUGUGCGUCGUCCCUCCCCAGGAUGCUCAGCAGGGCACCCACGCGCACCCUGCCUCACACACACCCUCUGUCCACCUCCAGUUUGGCCACCACCCGGAGCUGAAGCUCAGCCACUUUCAGCAGCAGCCACAGCAGCAGCUGCCACCGCCGCCCCUGCCACCACCCCUUCCCCCGCAGCAGCCACCCCCUUUCCUGCCUCCAUCCCAGCACCUGGCUCCCGGUCAGCAGGAGGGCCCUCCUGGGCCUGCCUGUGCCCAGAAUGUGGACAUUAUGCACCACAAGUUUGAGCUGGAGGAGAUGCAGAAGGACCUGGAGCUCCUCCUUCAGGCUCAGCAGCCCAGCCUGCAGCUGAGUCAGACCAAGCCCCCUCAGCACCUUCAGCAAACCAUUGUGGGGCAGAUCAACUACAUCGUGCGGCAGCCAGCGCCCAUCCAGCCCCAGAGCCGGGUGGACCCUGUGCAGGCUGCAGAUGAGCCCCCAGCACUUGAAGGCCCAAAGCCAGCUCUUCCUCUUGACAAGAACACCGCGGCCAGCCUGCCCCAGGCAGCCGGCGGGGAGACCCCGCACCCUGUCCCUGCCCUGGGCAGCGCCGCCCAGCACUCCUCUCCGAAGAUGGUGAGAAAGGUACUAACAGAGCCAGCUUUCCCUGACCCUGCGGGACCCUGUGCCCAUCAAGACCUCAGGGACCCGGCCCAGGAUGAUUUGGCAGGGGGGAGGAGUGUCCCUGUUCCACCCCGGAUGCUCCAGAGUCCUGACUCUUGCCGCCUGUCCUAG